AAAAGGGAGGAAAGAUCAGCUGCGAGGCGUCUCUCUUUGUCUGACCAGAGUUCUCGUCAAAAUGAGGACACUAAUUGCCCUUGCUCCUUUUCUCUGCCUCGCCUCGCUGGCCAGCGCCGCUACAUAUGGAUACAAUCAUGUUCCUCUUAGAAAAGACUCCGAAACUGUUGCCGGUGCUUUCCCAGAUGUCGACAAUAUCCAACUCCUCUCUCCAGCCUUCCUAAUGCCCGAUGUUCGACUUCCUGGAUUCAGCAAUGGAACGCAGGGUCCAUCUUCCCAGGAAGAUUUGGAGGCAUUUCUCGAAAGGAUUGCCGGACGCAACGACUAUAUGACCUAUGGCACCGCCGACUUCACCUCGGAAGAGCACCGCUCGUUUCCCUACGUUCACCUCGCCACUACUGGUCGCAGAAGCCCCCAUCGCCGCGGCGCCUCCUCCAAAGUGCGCGUUUGGAUCCAGGGCGCUGUGCACGGCAAUGAACCCGCCGGCGACGAGGCCACACAAGCCCUCUUAGGCAAAUUCGACGACGACUCGGAAUGGGCGGCCUCUGUUCUCGACAAGCUGGAGCUUGUCAUCCUGCCGCGAUAUAAUCCUGACGGGGUUGUCUAUUUUCAGCGCACGCUGGCAACCAAUUUCGACCCUAACCGCGACCAUAUCAAGCUCGCUCGACAGCAAACGCGAGAUAUUAAACAACUGAUGAACAGUUUCCGGCCGCACGUUAUCGUCGACAUGCACGAAUACUCAGCGUAUCCGACCUUUGGUGGCGGUAAGUACGUGCAUGGCUCCGACGGCCUCUUUUCAGCAGCGAAGAACCUCAAUAUCCACGAGAGAAUCCGCAAGCUCUCCGAAGAGCUCUUCGCCAAGAACAUCGCGACUGAUAUGGAAGCUGCUGGCCUGCGCGCUGAGCCGUACGUGACCGGGUCUUCGGUCUCGAAUUCCUCCAUCGUCGCCGACUUUGCCGAGGCCGGCACGGACGGUAAGAUCGGUCGUAAUGCAAUGGGCCUGACCCAAGCUGUCGUCUUCCUUCUUGAGAUGCGCGGUAUCGGAAUUGCCGACCAAGAGUUUCAGCGUCGCACAGCCGCCGGUCUGACCAUGCUGGGCAGUAUUGUGCAAACAGCUGCCGACAAUGCUAACAAGGUGUUGAAGACCGUCGAGGACGGCAUUGAGGCUUUUAUUGAGUCAACCGACGAUAUUGUUGUCACGGACUAUAGCGAGAUUGAGAUUCGUCCCUUCACCAUGAUCGACCGCGAGAAUGGCAGCGUGGUCCACCCAUCUGUCCGUUUCGCCUCGACGACCCCCUCCAUCGCGAACCUCACUCGCUCCCGUCCUGAAGCCUACCUAAUCCCCGUCGCUUGGGCCAACCUGGUCGACCGUCUGAAAGCGGCUGGCUUGGAAGUCGAGACGCUGGAUCAACCAUUUGAGGGGACCGUCGAGGCGCUGACCGUCACAUCCGCCAAGAUCGAUACCUCCUACUAUGAGGGGGUAAUUCGUGUGACGGCGACGACGGAGAGCAGUGAGCGCGAGCUCCAUCUUCCAAAAGGUAGCUUCCGCGUGAGCACUAGACAGAAGAAUGCGGCGCUGGCGAUGGUGGCCUUGGAACCGGAGAAUAUCGACUCGUACGUUUCGUUCAACAUUGUUCCGGUGGAGGUGGGAGACGAGUAUCCAAUCUUCAGGGUGAUGUCUUAGAGAUAUAUAGGUCAGCGAUAGUAGUAUCGCCACAUAUGCUCUCUUGCUAGGCUAUUACAUCACAUCUUGCGUACUAUAUAUAUACUGCCCUGGAAAACAUCAUUGCAAUCUAUGAUCCGAGUCGCCGAUACAUCUUUGGAAUUUUACCUUGCUGGCUCCUGUAUCAUCGUUUUCGAAAAUAUAUAUCGCGUUUUCUCUUGAUCAAUUACACACAAGCAACGUAUUUCAUGCGGAGA